ACAUGAAUUUAUCGGAGAGACGCAGUCACGCACUACACUGCUGCUGCAUGCAAAGAUCGAUGCACCACGAGAGAGCUACAACAAUGGCUGAAUUCUCCGGUGAUGUGCAGCAGGUAGAUGUUAUGUUCCGUGUGGAUUCGCAGCAAAUACCGGGCAGUCAUGAAAAUAUUUGGGAUGAUACAGCAUUAAUAAAGGCUUAUGACAAAGCUGUUGAGUCUGUUAAGAAAGAUCUCAACGCCGAUGGUGAAAGUGUGGAACCUAAGAAAAAUAAUCAAAAACGAAGAAAAAAGAAUAAAAAGAAGAAAUUAAAGUGGAAUGUAGGAGAUUGUUGUCAAGCAAAAUACUCAGUAGAUGGAAUAUACUAUGAAUCUAUUAUCAACUCUGUGGACCAAGACAGAGGGUCAUGCUGGGUCACCUUCAAAGAAUAUGGUAAUGAAGAGGAAGUUGAAUUGUCUGAGUUGAGGCCAUCACAGUCUAAGAACAGACCAGCAAGACAUGACAUUUCGGAAAAUGAAACAGGAAGUACAAUGGAGUUUUCAGACUAUAUGUAUAGCCCAGCACACCCUGCAGAAUAUCUAGGCCCCCACGGACCUUGGCAUCCUAACCCCUGGAUGAUGCCUCCUAUGCACCCACCACAGCAAUUUAUGCCACCAUAUUCCAUGCCUGCUGUGUCACCAUACACUGUUCCUAUGCCAUACUUUCCUCGACCAAGUGGAUUUCAAAAUAUGUCAUCUAGGGUUCCGCCUGUACCUCCUCCGCCACCACUUAUUAGGCCACCAAAUGUGGAGACAGAUGAAGAUGAUGAUGCUUUGCAUUCGAUGCUGAUUGCCUGGUAUAUGAGUGGUUACCACACAGGAUAUUACCUGGGUCUGAAAGAUGGUGAGAAGCAGAGCAGGUCACCAGCACCAAAGAAGUUGAAGAUGAAGAAAAUGAAAAAUUCUCGGUUAAAAGUUAACAUCAACCAAACACAGGACAGCUCAUCAAACUGUAAAGCACCUUCCGAGGAUGAAACCUAACAAGCUUCCCAGACUGCUGGUAGGGAACUUCACCAUCCAUCACCAAAAUCAAUAAAAUAGAUCAUUGAGGUUUUAAUGAUUUGCAAUAUUGAACCACUGGUGAACAUAACUUCCCACCCCUAUUUUUGAUAUGAUUCUUAGCCCAUUUUGAACAUAUCAUAAAACCUUGAAUAGAAGCAUAAAAAGGCUUAGUCUUGAGAAAAAAAAGCCUAUCAUAAUUGAAGCCCAUGUGCUUCUUUUCAAGAUAGCAUACAGGUAGCUUCUUUUCGAGAUAGUACAGUACAUACACUGAACAUGAAUUUCAAAGAAACAAAAUAAAUAAGAAGCCCCCUCUUUACUUUGCAAAAGUAGCCUUGAAAAGAAACCCAUCGAAACGUCGCCUAGGUUUUACGGUGAUCAGUCAAUGAAAUUGUCUUUUCUAUUUGUAGACACUAUGGUACUGUGAUUGUAUUUAUGUUUCAAAUUGUUUCAACAUGAACCUUGUAACAAAAUAAUAUUACCAAACAAAUUUUAUAUUUUUAAAAGUGAACUAAAAAGAAAUUAAAGGUUCUCAGUGUGUGUGAAACUUCUGUUAAGAAACCAUCCUUUCUAGGAAAGCUCCAGUAAUGCUACCCAGGAAAUGUUUCCCUUCUGCCCACUUUAGGUUGACUUUUUACAACAAAAAAUCUGGAGGAUUCAUUACUGACUGUCCAAGCUUAAUGUAAGAUGGUAAUCAUCCUCAAAAUAUGCACCUUGUUGAGACGUGGUUAGAUCCUUACAAGUCUAGUGCCAAGUGCAUGAAGUGUGAAGAAAGGGCUUACAUUGCUUGUUGCAUUGAAGGACCUCUGUUAAAACAGAAGAACUUAGAAAAGUCCAUGACCAUUUUCAUGCAUUGUGAUUUAGGAGCAGUUGUUUUUGCUGUGACCAGUUUUUACAGCAGUUGAUGGUAUCAUCUAUCAAAAAACUCCAAAAUUAAGAUAUACUGUAUGUAAUCAACUCUAUUGAAUUAAAUCAGAAAUUCACUCUAAUAAAAAAGUUGUUUUAUGUUAAUAAUAAUUACAGUAUUAAUUGAAAGGUAACUGCAAGAAAACGACCUAUAACGUGCAGCGUUAUUGUGCUGAAUUGAGUACGUGAUGGUCUUCCCCAAGACUGGCCCAAUACUGCUGCAGUUGUUGGUAAUACCAAAGAUAUUAUAAACACAAAAUAGCGUUCUCUGCGAUUUACGCGUAACAAAUAGAAGCGUCUGUCAAGGUUCAAAAGUUUCCAAUUUAGUAAGAGGGCGCCAUUCAUGCGCUAUUAUACCAAAGAGAAAAGUAAUCGGUUUUGGAAGAGGGCAUCGUAUCUGUUGCCAUGGAUCUGAGAUGGUUCCUGUUCUGCUGUUCACAGGAUUGAUACCCAAGGUAAAAAGUCGCGCGGUGACGGUAUGGUCAGAGCGGUCAAGGGUCAAAAGUUUCCAAUUUAGCAAGAGGCCGCCAUUCAUGCCUUAUUACAGAAUUUGCACGCGUAAAUCACAGAGAACGCUAUCUUGUGUUUAUAAGAUCUUUGGUAAUACAUUAACGUUUGUCUUGGCCGGCUGCUCUAUAACAAAAUAUAAUGUACUGUACCAGUGUCAUAGCGACUAUAAAUUAUUGAUUUAAUAAAAAAAAUUAAAAAAAUUGAUUUUGCUGCAUAGGAGUAUUUUUGUGUGAUUAUUAAUAGCUUAAUGUUUGUGUAGGAAGGAACAUUUAUUACUGUAUUCACCAUUUCUCCAGUCUAAUUUUCAAUGGCGGAUCCAUAGGACAGGGAUUUUCACAGAAGUAGGGUCUAGAAAAGAAAAUCUAUGAUUAUGGCAACUCUAGAUGACUGGAAAUGGCACUCUUUAGUUUUAAUAUGUUUUUUUUUCCUCAAUUUUUACAAUAGUUUUUGAAAACCUUUUGCAGGCGAUCUGGGUUCCCCAUUGAAUCCACCAUUGUACCUUAAAAAUAAAAAGUGGUAUCCAAAUAUUGAUUUCCCCACUAUAUAGUAACAAAUGCGCAAGUCAACAUCUUUUAUAAUAAUUCUUUGUAAUACUGUACAGUUCAUCCUCCAAUUUGCAAACCACUUUGGGGUUAGAAAAUUUGGGGUGCUCUCGAUGUUCUGUUUUACAUAGAGGGUUACUUUAGUUUUAAUAGAUUGAAGAAUCUUAUUUGGUUCUUAGAAAAAGUGGUCUUGAAUUAGAGGAUUCACGGAAUUAGAGAAGUCUCGAUCAGUACAGUAGAUCCUUUUAUGAAGUCUACAAGUUGGCAACUGAAUUCUUUUCAUGUGUGCCUCAUUGGAGGCAAUAUUAAAAUGUCUCGAGUGAGUUUUCAGAUAUUAUCAGUCUAUGAUUACCCACACUCAUCAAGACAUAGGUAUUUGAAAAUACUGUACGGGAAUAUGCCUAAAUCCCUAUUCCAAUGAAGACUUAAUGCCAGUCAUUUUUUGUUGUAACCCACCUACAGCCUAUGCCCAUGCUUACUGAACAAACACAAUUAGUAGAAGAGGAAAUUGCAACUAAUGUGAUGUCUCACCACAAAAUGAGACACAUUAUUGGUGAAGUCAUAUUGAGAUAUUCACCAAAAUAGGUCAAAGUCAAAUUUUG